AUGAAUAUAAUCUAAGAAAAGCUGAAUGGAUUUGUGCAAAAAACCUUCUUUAAGAAGAAAUAUAUUUAAAUGUCCCAGAUGCUCUAUAUAAAAAACGUAGAAAAAGCCAUAAAAUAAUUAAAUGAGUAGAAUAUAAAUGAUUAGCAAAAUAAAUAUACAGUUUUAGUGCUAGAUUUUCAUCUUAAAAAAGACAUAGAGGAUUCUCUUAAUUAGUAUCUUAAAUUUAUGGAAGAAAAGGCAUAGAUCUUUACAAAUAUUAGCAGUCUUUACUUAAAUCUAGGUCAAACAGGAUGCAACUUUACACUUUUGAUGGAAUUUCUUAAACCAUUUUGUAAUCAUCAUGCUUAACAAAAAAUAAAAUAUUUAAACAUAGAAUUCAGCGAAAACAAUACUUUUAAAGAUACACCAGAAGUAUACAAUAAAUUCAUUAACUUUUUAGCUAAUUGCGUUAAUUUAGAGGGAGCUUGCCUUAAUUUUAACAACUCCCAACUUCCAAUUUGUCAAAUAUUUGAAGGUAUUACUCUCUUAGCAGUCAAGACAUUGCAUUAUAACAUAUGCUAAAAUAACUUAAAUUUUUUUCGCACAAUGUUUUCAAGGCGAUUCUAUUUUGAAAACUUACAAGAACUCAUGAUUAACUUGAAUAGCUCUAACGAAAGCCAAUCUAUUGAUAAGCAAUUACUAUUAAACAUUCAGUAGAGCCUGCUAAAAGCACAUAAAUUAAGAUAACUAUACCUUAAUUUAGAAAAAAACUCAAUCAAAGAUAGAGACUUGCUCCUCAUUUAGGAUAUUUUUGCAAAUUUACCAUAGCUGCAAAACAUCUAACUUUAUUUAGCUUACAAUUAAAUUUCUGAUGAAGGAGUUGAAUUUCUACUUGAGAAAUUUACUUGUACUUCUUAGAUCUAGUACAUAGUUUUGGACUUUAGAUAAAAUAAUAUUUCUAAUCUUGGAUAUCUCAACAUUGUCAACACUCUUAAUAAAAUGCCAUCACUGACACAUGUUUCUUUGAAUUUCAAUGGAAAUUCAAUUGAGUAAGAAGGUAUUCAGAACUUCUUCCAAAACGCUAGUUACUUAUCUAAUCUGACACACUUGAAUCUAGACUUCUCUAACUGCUAAAUUUCAUUCAAAAGUGACGAUUUUAUAGAAAAUACUCUGAAAUUACUCUCACAAAAACUCACAUACUUGACUCUUAAUUUUUGCAACAAUUAUUUAGAAGCACAAGGAAUGUAAAAAAUAUUGUCAUCAAUAAAGAAUGCACAAUCACUUAAGCAUAUUGAUAUCAAUUUUAAUUGGAAUAUUUGCAAUAUAAGAGAUGAACUUUCUAAUAAAUAAGGCAACAAUAAUGGAAGCUAAGAUGAAAUUAAAGAUGUGAUAGAAAAGAGUGUCCACUGGUUAAGUGAUAUUUAGUUUCUGCUAAGUAAUAAUAGAUAUGAACUUAAAUAUUUCAGUCUUCAAUUAGCGAAUUGCAUAAUCGAAUCGUUGGGUGUAGAGUACUUAAGUAAAGGAUUAUCUAAUUGCGAGAAUUUAUAAGUUUUAAGUUUAAAUUUAAUGAAUAAUUCAAUUGAUUCUGAAGGCUAUCUAAAUCUUUUUAGCGUAUUCAAGCAAAUGUCUCUGACUCAACUAAAACUAAUAAUUGAUGAUAAUAGUGCUUUAAAUGCCAAAGAAUUGACAGAAUUUGAGAGAAAUAUGAAAGCCUAAAAGAAUUUAAGAGAGUUUCACUUCAGUUCAAGAAAAGUAGAAUUUUAAGGCGACUCUUUUAAAACGUUUGCUAAAGGCUUCAGUAACUUGCAGAAGCUGACUUUUUUGCACUUAGAUUUGAAGCUUUCAAAAAUUUAAGUAAAAUACACAAGUGACAUCUGCAACAUUCUAGUUUGCAGCAAGCAUUUGAAUAGGAUUCACUUUGACAUAUCAGAAAAUGGGUUUGAUUCUGAUGUGAUUGGAGAGAUAUUUAAAAGCAUUCAAAAAAACAAGAACUUGAAAUACCUCACUUUUUAUGCUCAAAAUAAUAGGGUUUAAUAUAAAGGAGUGCAGAGCUUAGUAAAAAAUUCAAAUAUUAAGAAACUUAGAUAUCUCGACUUGAAUUUGUUGAAUUGUGAGAUAGAGAACAAAGGAAUUUAGGAAUUAGCUACUUUUUUAUAAUAAUUUAAAGAUCUCCACAGCUUAAAAAUAAAUCUCUGGAAUAAUUCAAUUAAUAACACUUAAACUGGAAGUAUUAUCUAAGUGAUUAAUUAGCUUCCUAAUUUGGAUUAUCUCUCACUAAAUAUUGGUGAAAACGAAUUCAAUGAUGAUGACCUAGUCAAAAUAUACCAAGCACUCGAAAAAAAGAUUAAAAUGAGUUACUUAGAGUUGAACUUGAUUAACAUCUCUAAAGGACAGGAAAGUAAAAGUUAACUAAGAAAAUCUUUAGAGAAAAUGAAUAACAUUAAAUAUUGCAAUGUUAUCCCUUUCCAAUCAAAUCUAAGACAAGAACUCAUCUUUCAUGAUAUUAAGUUAAGUCCUCUAAAUGAAUCCCAAAUAUGUUAUUUUAAUUUUCAUAGUGUAGGAUAGUACUACGCAUGUGGUCAUGGAUAGUACAAUCUAAUAAGAUUUUUAAAGAAUCCAGAAUAAUUCGAAGAAAACUUGAUAAUAGAGAGAAUUGUAGAUGGUGAAAUGUUAGAUAAUUUGUUUUAGCACUUACCUAAGAAUAUCUAAACGAUUCAUCUGAUGAAUAUGAAUUAAAAGAUAGUAGCUCAUUUACAGUAAAGACUAUAGACUGUAAAUCCAAAGAUAAAAAUAUCUUCUUCGGGUAUUAAUGGAUCGGGAGUUUAUCCAUAAAAGUAAGUUGAUUAAAAUCAAAGCGAAUAUAUCAAGAUAAAAGAGAAUGAAAAAUCUACAAUGAAAAAGCAACAAGCAGUUUUUAAUUUUGAUAUAGAAGAUCAAAAUUCGUAAUUGAGAGAACAUGAUUCAAGUGCUUAGAAUCUUGAUUUGUGUGAAGAACAAACAAAUAAUAUUUAACCUGAUCGUAAAGUAAAUGAGUUUUAGCAACUUGUGAAAGUGUAACUAACUAACUUGUAAUUGUAAGAUGUUUAGAUUAUAAAAUCUAGAUUUGUAAAAAAUAAUAAUUGCUAUGACAUAAAUGGACCAAAUUAUUCAGUUUAUUAUGAUACUUUGACAGCUAGUUAUGUAGCAAUUAAAUACCUCGAACUCAAUAACUUCAUUUAAAAUCAGAUUGAUGCACAUAAUUAAUUAUUUAACAUUUUCCAAAUGCAUAUGAAAAAUUUUACUCAAAUACUACAGCUUAAACACUACUUUAUAGAUUAGAAUCACUGCUAUUAUAUAACAAAGGCUCCAAAUGUCACUUUAAAAAAUUUCAUUGCAGUUCAAUAACAAAAUUUCAAGGAAGAAUAAUGUCUGAAAUGGUUUAUAUAGAUAGUUGAUGGUUUAGUCAUGCUAGAUGGGAUUGUCUCUUUGUAAAAUUUAUCAAUUGAGGUUUGUAAUUUAGCUCUCGAUGAAAACCAAUAGAUAGUUUUUAUGGAUAUAGGAAAUACAGUAAAUAUAUUAGAGAAGUAAAUGGACAUAUUCCUUAAAUAAUAUAAACAAAAAACAAUUGACCUAGCUAUAAUCUUAUUUGAUUUUAAGAGAAAUGACUUUAAUUACCUAAUAUUUUCCAUAGGAAUAAUCUUUUUACAAAUAUUAUCACUGGACACUGAUAUUAAGCUAAUUGAAAAGCAAUUCUAUGCAGCUAAAAUUGAAGAUCUUCUAUUCAUUCAAUACAAUUAAGCUGUUGAUAAUGCUAUUAGCUAAUAAAUUCUUUAUCAGUAAAACUAAAUUGAUGAUAAAAACAUGAGUUUAAAUCAAUAAAUUGCAAAAUAAAAUAAUAAAAAAACUCAUUACUCUAGUGUUUUGAUUUAGUUAGUCCAAGAUUGCAUUUUCCAUUAAGAUGUCUAAAAGUUUAAGUCUGUACCAAUAAAUCUUUAAUAUGUUUAAUCUCAACUAAAUCUAGCUACCUCUCUUUUAAGUAAAUGA